CGGAGUGUCCACCGGUGUCCCCCAGUGUCCCGGGGUGUCCACGGGUGUCCCGUCCCAGCGGUCUCGGGGCUGGCGUCUCCUCUGGCGGUGCUGCCGAGCGGCGCGGGCUCCUCUCUCCUGCGCGCGCUUCCUCGCUGGAAGCCCGUCCCGCGGGUCCAUGAGGGUGUCGGCGGUCUGAGGGAGCCCGAGAGCAAGGAAAAACAAUUCCACGAUGAAACGUGAAGAAUUUUUGCAAGUUGUGUCUAAAGAGUCAAUUGAAGACUUCCUGCAUUACACUCAGAAUCCUAAAAAUACAGUAGAUCGUUUUGACUUGAAUGAACUACUUCAAGAAUUGCCAAGGAAGAAGAAGGAAGUACUAUGGGAGAGACUGACCCAGCUGUUGACAGAGAACUUGAUGGAGAACCCUGUGGAAACGUGGCAGAGGACUGGAGAUGAUAAAAGUGAUGAUCACAUGGAAGUCGAGAUAACUCCAGAAAUGAAACAAACUGUAGCACUGAUCCAAGGAGUGACAGCUGUCGUGACGGCUUCCAUACCUGCAGUGGAUGAAAAUGUGAACUACAAAGCUCUUCUAGAAUGUGUUUUUAUAUUAAAUGGUAUUCUUCCUGCAUUACCUGCAUCUGAAAAAAUCCUGAAGGAUGCUAUCCAACGUGUAUGUGAAAUGUGGUGGCAGAAGGGACUGGAAGGGAAGGAUGUUCUGGGGAAGACUCUAUUUGUCAUUCUGCUAAGAAAAAGCCUGCAUAAAGCUGCUGUGGGUGCAGAUAUAGUUCGUCUGUGGAAUCUACAUCAGGCAUUACUUUGUUUUGAUUAUGAUUCAGAGGAGAGUAAUGAAGUGAAGGACUUGUUGCUUCAGUGUUUUAUGAGUGUAAAACACAUUAAGAAAGAAGAGGGAAGAAGAUUCCUGAGUUUUUUGUUCAGCUGGAAUAUAAACUUCAUUAGGAUGAUACAUGGAACUGUUAAAAACCAAUUACAGUUCUUUCCAAGAUCCUUGGUGGAAUACAUUGCAGAAGUUUACUUCAGGUCCUGGAAGAAGGUAUCAGGAGAAUUCAUAGAGGUGCUGGAACAUAACUGCAUCCAGGAUUUCAUGCAUCAUGGAAUUCAUCUUCCCAGAAGUUCUUCUGUUCAUUCUAAAGUUAGAGAGAUGCUGAGUUAUUUUCAUAAACAAAGUAGAGUUCGUCAAGGAGUAGAAGAAAUGCUCUAUAGAUUGUAUCAGCCUAUCCUUUGGAGAGCACUGAAGGCCAGAAAAUCAGAAGUUCGAACAAAUGCAGCAUUUUUGUUUGUUGAUGCUUUUCCUCUUCGAGAUCCCAGUUUUGGUGCUGAAGAGAUGGACAAUGAAAUUCAGAAACAGUUUGAAGAGCUUUUUAGUCUCUUAGAAGAUCCUCAUCCAGUUGUCCGCUCUACAGGGAUACUUGGAGUUACUCAGAUAACAUCCAGAUACUGGGAGAUGAUUCCUUCAGUAAUUGUUGCUGAUCUUUUAAAAAAGAUAACUGGGGAGCUGGCGUGUGAUGUAUCAUCUGCUGAUGUUCGAUGCUCUGUAUUUAAAUGCCUACCAAUAAUUUUGGACAACAACCUAAGCCAUCCAUUACUGGAACAGCUCCUGCCAGCGACCAAACACAGCCUUCGUGACAACUCAGAGAAAGUGCGAGUGGCUUAUGUCGACAUGCUGCUGAAAAUUAAGGCUACCAAGGCUGCUAAGUUCUGGAAUAUCUGUCCUAUGGAGGAUAUUCUGACUCGCCUUGAGGUGGAUUCACGGCCCGUGUCCCGGCGCAUAGUGAACCUCCUGUUCAACUCCUUCUUCCCCACUAACCAACCCGAGGACGUGUGGUGUGAGCGCUGUGUCACUCUGAUCCAGAUGAAUCCAGCAGCAGCCAGAAAGUUCUAUCAAUAUGCUUAUGAAUACACUGCCCCCACCAAUAUAGCUAAAUUGAUCCUCACUAUUCGGCGCUGCUUGAACGCCUGCAUCCAGAAAGCAAAGGAGAGUCUGUGUGAUAGUGGUGAGGAUGAUGAUGAUGAAAGCGAAAAGGAGAACACAAGUGUGUUGGAUAAUGUGCUGUCCAUAAAUGAUGUGGCCAGCAUGGCAAGUUUGUUGGAGAUUAUUGUAGUUCUCUGGAAAAGUAUCUACAAAGCACUAGAACACAAUGAAGAGGUCAAAGAUUAUGCUAUCAGGAAAUUUGCUUCUGUACUUCCUGAAUAUUUUAAAGUAUUUAAGGAUGAGCGUUGCAUGACUCCAUUGGUUAUUCUGGCAUCCUUUAUGCCCACUGCUGCUGUUCCUACAUUCAGCCGUGGUGUGAUUUCCAGACUCAGAAAUAUUAACAGUGGAGCUGACCAAAGCAAAUAUUCUACCCUGAUUGACUGCAUGUGUCGCUGGGGUCAAGUGGGGCAUAUUAUGGAAUUAGCCUGUGAUUGGUUGUCUGACACACUGACCCCAAGAAAGAACGUUAAAACAUCUGGACGCCGAGUGCAGAUCCACGUACCCCAGGAAUCAAAGCCAGAACUGGCAAUUGAUUACAUUGACUAUUUAUUGACUCAUCCUACCAAUCGUGAUUGCCUCCUUUCUGUUCAUAAAAAGAAACUGAAGAAACUUUUGAAAAUCCUCAGUGCUGCAAAGAGGGUUCUUGGCUCAAUCCUUAAAGGAACUAAUGCAGAUUCUGGUAGCUGGAAUCAAGCAACUAGUCUAAGAGCCUUCAGCCUCUUUUGCAGAUUGAGUAUUCAUCUUCAGCACAAGUUUUCUGGAGAAGGAGAUUGCCUCUCACUUUUGAAGGAGACAGGUGCUUGGAUAGAAAGUCAAGUUGUACCUUUUAUACUAUCAAGUGAUCAAGAGGAUGGUAUUUCAAAACACAGUAGUGUUUCUGAAUUAAUUAUCCAGGCCUACCUGACGGUAUGUAAAGAUGUCAUAAUGGUUGGCCUUGGAAAUCUCACGUUUCAAGCACAUGUUCUAGAUAUGGCUCUUCCAAUUAUACAGACAGAGAGAGGUGGCUUUUGUGCUCCAGUAUUACUGUGUGCUCUAAAAGAAAUUGUUGAAGCUUCUUUAACUCAGAAUACUGAGACAGAUGAAGUGGCAAAUCUUUUUCACACUGUACAAAACGUCUUGCAAAAAGUGUUGGAAUGUGUGGCACAUAGACUCAAGAAACAGCAGGAAGAAGGGAUUCAGUUGAUUCACUCUAUUCAGAUGCCUCUUGGAGAAUUCAUUCACGCACUGCAGUGCUGGCAUUCAUCAUUCCCAGCAGUGCACCAGGGUGUACUCUCCACUCUCCUGGCUGCAGUAGUAGCAGACAUAAAUUGUGUGCUACAGAUGGCUUCCAGUGAAAAAGAUGUCAUUAUACCAAAGACUGUUUCAGAACUUCCCCCUCUUUCAAGCAGUUUAAUGGCCAUAAUUAUGAAGUCAGUUAAUGUUGUCAGGUCAUUUUUAAAUGAAUUAAUGGAAUGCAUUCUUUCUGAAGAAAUUAAAGGGAUUUUUAGUCUAACAGCUGCUGUCAGCAUUGUGAUGACAAUUAAAGGUAAGCACAGACCUGCCCUUCUAAAGGAUGUUGCCCCUGCCGUUCGAGGGAAGCUGAUGGUGUGCAACGAGGCCACCGAGGGAUCCAGCAGCACUGAGAGAUUCCUGUGUGAAUCAUCUCUGAAAAUUUUGGAUGAAUUUUUAAAUCCUUGUCCACACCAAAGCUUUUGUCAUGCAAAUUAAAGGAAGGAAGACGUAUUGCUUUUUAAAAAAUAUUAACUUGUAAAAUUAUGAAUAAGUAAAGUUUAUUUUCUGCUAUGCUGUACAUUUAAAGCAAGGAAUGUGUAUAAAGAUGUGUAUAAAUAUUAUGAAAUAGUAAAAAUUGCUCAAAAGCUACAAAGAAGUUAUUCUGUAUAAAAGUGUCUUUGUGGGAGGAAUAUAAAAUCAAUGUUUUUGUAUCUUUGUUUUUGAAAAACAAAAUUAAUUGUAUCAUAGAUAUUCUGAGACUGAGGUACCACCUCAGUCCCUGGGAAGACUGCAGAGCAUACUCCUAGAGGUUUUGGAGAUUAAUUUUAUUUCAAGACAUGCGUGGGACAAAAUGGUGAUUGGGAAUAGCUAUUCUGGCUAACCAACCAGAUUUCCCUCCCUUUUGUGGAAGAAGAGAGAGCAGAGAAUGUCAUGUUUCAUGUCUUUAGCAAAGACUUUUACGCAAUCUUAUAUAGUAUCCUUACAGCCAAAUUGGAGAAAGAUGGGAUGGAUGUGUAGACAUAGAAGAUGGGUGGACAACGUGCUGGACCAAUGGACUUGAACGAUAACACAGCCUGGAGUGAGAUUUGAAAGGCUGUUGCUGUGGCAUUCCUCAAGGCAGACACUGGUGCCACUGCUACUUAACACUUCCAUGAAGAGCUUGGGCAAUGGGAUGAACUGCAACCUUGGGCUGUUGGCAGAUGACACCAGCUUGGGAGCAGUGGCUGAUUCCCAGGGGCUGAGUUGUUCCGUUCAGUGGGAUCCUGACGAGCUGGGCUAAGGAUCGACCAGUCUCGUGACGUUCAGCCAAGACAUGUGCUCUUCUACCCACAAGGGGCUGAUCCUGCACACCAGUGUAGGCACAGGGGAAAGGGCAGCUCAUGUCUGCACCUGCCUGGAUGAAGACUAAGAAAAGACUUUUCCCAGAGGUGCACAUGAAGAGAAUAUGAGGCAACUGAACCAACUUGCAGCAAGAGAAUUUCUUGUUGGAUGUAAAAAACAAUCAUUAUGAGAGUGAAUUGAAACAGGAAAUGGAACUGGAACAGGUUACUCAGAAAGCCUAUGGAAUACCCAUCUAUGGGGGUAUUCAUCCUUGGAGAAGUGCAGAACUUGAAGGACAAGGGGGGCUCUGGCUGUGCAUUGUGGCCACACAACCCCAUGGAGCGCUACAGGUUGGGCACAGAGUGACUGCAGAGCAGCCAGGCAGAAAAGGAACUGGGGUGCUGACUGACAGCAGCUGAUCAUGAGCCAGCAGUGUGCCCAGGUGGCCAAGAAGGCCAAUGGCAUCCUGGCCUGGAUCAGGAACAG